GUGGGUAGCUGAGAUCUAGGUACCUAAAUCUAAAAAGCACGUGGCAAGCGAAAGGCUACCUACCUAGUUAGAGUCCAGCUGUCAGACAGUGCCGGGCGCCCCCCGCAUCGAACGGCAGCACGGGACACGGAGAUUUUAUUAGCCCGCCGAUGACGUAGGGUGGCCUGUACCUCCACGCCAACGACACCCGCGCUCACACUCAGUGGCCCUGCUAGCGGGCCUAGCCGGGGGAGACCCAGCCGGGGGAGACCAAAACUGCCUACCUCAGCUGAGGUCGCGCGUUUUCUAGCCUGUCCCAUUCCUCAUUCCACCACCGGACAUCGCACACCAGAUGCCCAUUCUAAGCCAUUGACCACGAUGAAGCCGCCGCGAGCAUUACCGAAGCCUCACACGUUCCCUCCGUUGGUCCCGCGAUCGAGUUGCCGCCCCCGCUGCCUAUCAGCUAACUUGCCGACACAAUGCCGAACGUUCUUGCGGCCUCGUCAACGGCCAUCCGCCCGAGGGCUUCAGGACCUCGACAUCGAUCGCAUCCAUGCACAAUAUUACAAGUACCACGCUCGUCGGCAGGCCUUUCUCUACUGCGGCGUCAUAGCUGGCAUGGUGGCCAUCUGCGGCACCUCCUACCUGCUCUACCAGGAGCUCAACAAGCCCACCAACUUCGAUAGCAGCGCCGGCCCCAACCCCGGCUCGAGGCACAACACCACCGUCAUAGUCUACGACGCCAAGGGCAAGGAGCUCGUGCCCACGGGGAACAGCACCGUGCCGAACUUCCCGCGCCAGCUCGACCUAGCUCUUGGCACCGCCGCCGCCGAGGGGGAGCCGCAGCAGCAGAAGCCGCCAGGCGACGGCGAGGUCGUCGAGUACACCCUCGUCGGACUCGGGGUGCGCACAGUCAGCUUCCUCAGCAUCCAGGUGUACAUGGUGGGGUACUACGUGGCGACGCAGGACAUCGCCGCGAUCCAGUCGCGGCUCGUCAAGGAGAUCAACCCGAUCGCGACAACGCUCGUGGCGGGCGAGCGCGAGGAGCUGCGCGCCGCGCUGCUGGACCCGGUGCAGGGCGAGCGCCUCUGGGGCGAGAUCCUGCGCGAGGCGCGGCCGCGGUCGCUGUUCCGCGUCGUGCCCGUGCGCGACACCGACUUCCACCACCUCAAGGACGGGUUCGUGCGCGCGAUCACGGCGCGGUUGCGGGCCCGGGGGGCGGCGGGCGACGACAGCGGCGACUACGGCGACGACGCGUUCCGGGAGGCGAUGCGCGACUUCCGCGCCGCGUUCAACCGCGGCAAGGCGCCGCGCGGGCGCGAGCUGCUGCUGGUACGCGACGGCGCGGGGCGGCUGACCAUCGCGUUCGACGACGGCCGGUCGCGCGGCGCCAUGGCGCUGGGCUCCGUCGCGGACGAGCGCGUCUCGCGCCUGCUGUGGCUCAACUACCUGGCCGGCGCCAAAGUAGCAUCAGAGCCGGCGCGGCGGAGCGUCAUCGACGGCGUCAUGGAGUUCGUCGAGCGGCCGGUGGGCACGGUGGCCACCCAGGUGAUAUGAUUGUCGGCCCCCGCCCCUUGUGCUGUGAUUUGCGGAGCUACUGAAUACGGCGCCGAGACGCGAUGCGCACCCUUGGGCGAUAGGGUCCGGGGAUGGGCGAAGGUGGGCGGAUGCUUUCAAGCUGGAAGGGC